CACCCAGCAGUUGGCGUGAGGGGCUGCAGGAGCUUGGGGGCUGGUGGCAGGAACAAGUCUUUUCCGACCCCAUGGAGCUGUAUGAGACAUCCCCCUACUUCUACCAGGAACCCCGCUUCUAUGAUGGAGAAAACUACCUGCCCGUCCACCUCCAGGGCUUCGAGCCUCCGGGCUAUGAGCGGACUGAGCUCGGCCUCAGCCCCGAGGCCCGAGGGCCCCUAGAAGACAAGGGGCUGGGGACCCCAGAGCACUGCCCAGGCCAGUGCCUGCCAUGGGCGUGUAAGGUGUGUAAGAGGAAGUCGGUGUCUGUGGACCGGCGGCGGGCGGCCACUUUGAGGGAGAAACGCAGGCUCAAGAAGGUGAACGAGGCCUUCGAGGCUCUGAAGAGGAGCACCCUGCUCAACCCCAACCAGCGGCUGCCCAAGGUGGAGAUCCUGCGCAGCGCCAUCCAGUACAUCGAGCGCCUGCAGGCCCUGCUCAGCACCCUCAACCAGGAGGAGCGCGACCUCCGCUACCGAGGCGGGGGCGGGCCCCAGCCAGGGGUGCCCAGUGAAUGCAGCUCCCACAGCGCCUCCUGCAGUCCAGAGUGGGGCAGCGCACUGGAGUUCGGGCCCAACCCUGGGGAUCACCUGCUCACAGCUGACCCUGCGGAUGCCCACAACCUGCACUCCCUCACCUCCAUCGUGGACAGCAUCACAGUGGAGGAUGUCACUGUGGCCUUCCCAGACGACACCAUGCCCAAUUGAGAUAGUCUGCCAGGCCAGGCAUCCGUGCGAGCCCCCCGAGCUGACCAGAGCCACCACCACUUCUGCAGCAGGGACCUCCUAAACCAUGCUGCCCUGAUGCCAGGAAGGCAGCUCCAGGGCUACCAAAUGCCAAACCAUCCUCUCCUUAUCUACAUAAGGUUAACCCACCACCCAGCAGGGGAACGGACUCCCUCAUUCAGCUGACUCCUUAGAGCAGAAGGCAUCCCGUUUCCUGGGAGAUAAAGCAGGGGACCAGAGCGCCCCCCAUGUAUGCCCCCUGGGUCAGGGGGCAAACUCAGGAGCUUCCCUUUUAUCAUAAUACAGCCUCCAACUCCCACUUCCCAAAAGAAACAUUUCAGGAGACAAAGACAGUGUCCCGACCUGGACAAGCUGCACACAUCUCCUGCUCUUGUCUCUUCCAAAGCCAGGGGCUGGGCUGGGCCUGCCCUGAAUUGAGGGAGAAGAAGGCAGCGGGGGGAAUAAUCCUGUUCCUAAGUCCCUGGGGGGCCAAGCUUUUGCAGUGAAUAUUGGGAACCUUCCAGUGGUUUUAUGUAUUGUUUUGUUUUGUGUGUUGUUUGUAAAACUGCCAUCUGACCAAGGUCUCCUGUGCUGAAGUUGCCAGGGACAGGCAGGGAAGGGGGAGGGGGGACUCCUGGGGUGAUUUCUUUUGUUAACUAAGCAUUGUGUGGUUUUGCCAUUGUUUUGUAAUUUUUCGCUAACUUAUUUGGAUUUCCUUUUUUAAGAAAUGAAUAAAGAAUAGUUGCUAGAA